GGAGAGAGUACGAGGUAUUACAGAGAGAGAUACUAUCGACCCUUUUGGCUGCCGCUGCUGAAGAACGACACGACAGCCUCUCAACAUCUCAUCAACUCUUCCCGUCUCCCAGACUGCGCAACUCGAGCCCAAACAGUUCCUGCACCGUCCUGCCACGGCUCCUCUAGCUCCUACAGCUCUUCCAGCUCCUCCAGAUCACCGAAUUCUCCAUUCUCACCCAGCAUUCCAUUCACUGCCGUGGUUGAACGGGCCACACUCCAUCCGCUUCCUCCUCGUCUUCUCUGCUUCUCUCCUCUCUAUAUCAACACACCGGGGGCAUGACAACCAUCUCGGAAUGGGGGGUUCCUCUACAACCACAAUUGCUGCCAUUGCCCUUGCCAUCAUCCUCCCUCCCUCAGCUGUGACCAGUCGUCCGGGAUGCCGUUGUCGAGAGCCCGUUCACGCCCGCGCAUUCCUCUAUUCCGCAGUCUGAGUGCCAGUGCCGCCGCUCCCCCCGAUGCCCAUGACCACGCCACCACCGCCCAGGAUGAAAUCCAGCCCCGUCAACGCUCGUCCGGCGGCUUCAGUCUCCCCACGCUGUCCACGCUCGCCAGCUUCAAUUUCCAUCGUCGACCACGCACGAAAUCCAUAGGCAAGCGCAAGAGCGUCGCCGUAGAAGAAGGCCCCAGUCCAAGCCCUGACCUAGCAAGCACCACAUCGACCCAAAUCGCCCCCAGACUGAGGCCUAGUAAGCCCAAGGAUCUCCCGCUGCCGCCGCUGGGGUCGCCCAAUAACAACACCGGUGACACCAACACCACCACCUCACCAGCCACAGUUGCACCCACAACACCCUCCACACCCACCCAGCUUGAGCCUGAGCCUGCUAGUGGCCCCGAAUCCACCGUGGCCCUUGUGGCUCCUGCUUCACACUCGCUUUCACUUUCUCUUCACCCCGACACCAACUCGAGCACCACCGCCGACACGAGAACCUCCAUCCCGACCCCAAACACCCUGCCUUCCACGCCUUCAGUCAACAAUCCUAACACCAGUGUGCCUUCCCCUCCGGCUCCCUCGGCUCCUGCUGAACCCGUCUGUCCCGUGGUCCGCGUGCAGCGUCCCUCGACUCCGACCGUCCCGACCCUCGCCUCUAUAGAAUGCCUUCGACAUGAGACGCUCGACGCUAUGCAGAGAAAAAUAUGGGUGAAGCGACCCGGCGCCUCUCCGACCAGAGUCGAGGUCGCUGAAGACGACCUGGUCGACAAUGUGCGCGAUGUCAUCUUGCAAAAAUACGCCAACUCUCUGGGGCGCAGCAUCGAUGCCCCGGACAUCACCCUCAAAAUCAUCAGCCGUGAACACAACAAUAAAAAUGUGAGCGCCGAGCGUGCGUUGGGCCCUGAGGAGCCCAUUGGCGCCACCCUCGACGCCUAUUACCCGGGCGGCCAACAGGUCGACGAAGCUCUCGUUAUCGAAGUGGCUUCUCGCAGAACUCCCCGCGCGUCUCCUCGCGCCGGAAACCACCAGAUCUCCUACUACUAUACCGAUCAAUACCGUCCCGAUGACGCUGCACGAGAAUACUUCCCUCCCAUGCCACUCCACUCUCCUCACCUUGCUCAUGUCCCUCAUCCCAACUCGGUUUCUCAUUCCAUGGCCGUCUUGACCACCGGCCAGUUACCCCCUCUACCCAGUCCCGGCUCACACGGCCAGAGAAGACACGCAAGACCCAAAUAUGGAAGGCAGCACACAAGCAGUCCGACCAUCCUCCACACGGUUCAGCCGAAUGGUCAAGUUUUAGAAUCUAAAGCACAGCUCAAUGGGCCCACUCCUUCGGCAGCUCCCCUCCCUACCCCUCCGGCCCAGGGACCGAACGAGCACAAGCCUUCGAUCACGCCCCCCAACCGAGUCUCAUCUCCACAUCCGGGGCAAAAGCUGAGGAGGAGGAAAGGUCCUGCCUUUGGCCGCUCCGUCAACGGUGACCCGCAAGCUCCUCCAAAAUCUCUCCCCGCGGCUGCAAGCCUGUUGGACGGCACAGUUCCUCCCAUCAAUGUCUUGUUGGUGGAAGACAACGUUAUCAACCUGAAAUUGCUCGAGGCCUUUAUGAAACGCCUAAAGGUGAGAUGGAAAUCUGCAAUGAAUGGUAAGGAAGCAGUCGCCAUGUGGAGGACAGGUGGAUUCCAUCUGGUCUUGAUGGAUAUCCAGCUGCCCGUGAUGAAUGGCCUGGAAGCCACCAAGGAGAUUCGACGACUCGAGGCCGUGAAUGGUAUUGGCGUUUUCAGCGGCAGCCCCAUCGAGACUGCCCUCAGGAAUCCGCAGAUGAACGGAAGUCUUGUUGGUGAGGCCGAUGCCUUGCCUGACCGCAGCUUGUUCAAAAGUCCGGUCAUUAUUGUGGCUUUGACUGCAAGUAGUUUGCAGAGUGACAGGCACGAAGCCUUGGCUGCCGGCUGUAACGACUUCUUGACAAAGCCGGUCAACUUCGUAUGGAUGGAGCGCAAAGUCACCGAAUGGGGCUGUAUGCAAGCACUGAUCGAUUAUGAUGGGUGGAGAAAAUGGAAGCAGUAUGCUGAGGACAAGAAUAAUGAAGAUCCAGCCAAGAAGGCGGCUGAAGAGAAAGAAGAAAAGGCCAAAGCAAAGGCGGCCCUCAAGGCCAUGUUCUCGAGACCUCCGCCAACCACCAAGAAGGACAAGGACAGUGCGGCAAGUAGUGGAUCUAACACCACAACUACUACAGGGUCGACGACAACCAACCCCAGCACCGAGAGAGCCUCCACUCCGGUGCAGAACGGAACGCCCAAAAAGGGGAGCGGUCCGAGCCAAGGCUCAGGGACAAGAACCCACAAGAGCACUCGAAGCACGGCCAGUGUAGGUGGAGGAAGCCUGGCGAGCAUGGCGGAGGAAGACGAAAAGGCAAUCUAAAAAGGAACCCUCUAUCGUGGGGAGUCAAGAGGAGGAAUUCUGUUUUCCGAUAUCACUCUUUGCCUGGUGCGGGCUGAGACCUUGCUUUCAACGUUUUCGUCGAUUCGAGCGUGCAUGAUACACGGAGUUCGUCGCUCAUGGGAGCCAAACACCCACUGGGGUGGUCAGCAUUCUCCUUUGUUUCUGGAAGUGGGCUCUUUGCGGUUCGGCUCACGGCCAGGCAAUGUCGAGAGGGUCAUGAAAUGGUUGGGUCAAAGGAGGAUGUUGUCCUUUAUAAUCCCCUUUUCUAUAUUAUUUGCAGCACACAUAUUACGCACUGCUGUUUUCGCGUUGAGCGUUUAGCCAUGCUCCAGAUUUCCAGACAAUGACGAUUUAUUUUCACAUGCUGGACCUGUUGGGCGUAUUCUGUUUU